AUGGUACUUAUCCGGAUCAUGCUCAACUUAUUUCCAUUUCGAAUUCUUCUUUUGGCUUUUCCCACAAAAGUUGAGUUUGUUGAACUUAAGACUCUUCUUGUUUUUUUUCAACCUUUUACAACAACUCGAUUGAUGAAUGGAAACAAAGACAGCACCUACUAUAUGAGCAACAAACUGAUUACUUUGGAAGAAUCUCACGGCUUUGUUCUACCAGUUCCAGGCUUUGAAAUCUAA